GAAAACUGCGCACCGAGGAAAACUCAUUAACGAAAAAAGUGUGUUCCAUUAUCAAGAUGAAAGGAAUAAACCACGGGAAGUGAAAGAUGGAAAACGUCCUCAAAGGAACCGGAUCGAAUCUACACCCAUCGUUCGAGUGUCGCAAUAGUUCACUUCUUUUUCAAAACGAGUCACGACAAUGAUGGUCUCAAAAUGUUCUGACGUGAAUGCAAAUGGAAAAGGAAAUUCAUUAAUACCAUAAAGUAUAUCUUCAAGUGAAAAGCGUUGGUGAUGAAAAAUGCAAGAAGUGUAGAAAAAAUGCUCCGCAAGCAGGAAAAUCACCGUGAACCGACAUCGCUGGAAUGUCUGAAGCUAGGAAAUUAUGAAAAUGUUUUUCAUUAUCUCAACCGAUGCUAAAGUUUACUGGAAGGAAAAGAAAUCUUUUGAAGUGUGUUCGUUCUUUGCUAACGUCUUAGAUGCUUUGUAGGAAAAAAAGAAAGGAAGUUUUAAGCACUUUGGAGAAUGGUUUAUUAUGCUUCCGACAAAAGAGAUGUAAUUGCGACGGUGUUCUCCUUUUGUGAAGUGGAUUGCUAGCGGCCUAAAAUCAUGAGAAAAAAUAAAUUCCAACUUAAGAAAGUGCGAGUUUGCCGAUUUCUCGUUGGAAUAACUGAUGACAAAAUUUAUCAUUCUGUUUAUAGUGGUAUGAAAAACGUACGAUAGUUAUAAGAGAAAACGUACUCAUUCAACGGUGGAAAACUCAUAGAGGUUACCCGUAGAAAACUGGAGAUCAAUUCAACAGAAGGACCAACAACAAUUGAACCAAAAGAUCUGAUAGCUGUAAGAAUACCGAAUCAACGACUGAAAACCAAUGCUGCUGCUGCUGUUUGGAGGAAAACUCUGAUCAGGGCGUCAACUUUUAAGAUGCUCGCUUUUGCUGCUUUGCUAGCCGUACACGCAGGUCUUGCUGGAUCCAUUCCUAGUGCACCGGAAAACAUUACCAUUACGUUCCUAUCGCCAACCGCGGUUCGAGUUUCAUGGCAAACUUCGAUGGAUCCGCACACGAUGCCAGUUGACAAAUAUGACGUCACCUACAAACCAACCGACGCCAGUUACAGGGUUGUCGUAGUGGUGGCCGGAAACCGGGAGGCGGUCACACUCGGAGGACUUUCGCCGGAUACGCAAUACCAGCUGACAGUAGCGGCAGUCUGGAACGGGAAAAAAUACCGGAGCAGACCCAUCGUAUUCAGGACGCUGGAGCCUCCCAGGACGUCGUUCCAGCAGGACUCCGGUGCGCUCUCUGGUAACAGUGGGCCACCGAUAUCGCCACAUGCCGAUACGGCACCAUCGCUGAAUACAUUCGGAAUUUUCAGCGAUGAGUUCGGCAACAUUUCCGUUAAUUCCACAUCUCGAGAACUUCCAACGAUACGUGGCGUUGAAAUCGGUAUCGUAGUGUUAGUGUUAAUAGUGUGGGCUGGUGCUAUAGCUUUAUUUUUUAAUCGAUGGGGUAAGAUCCGAAUGUUGCUUCCAUAUCAGCCAGACUACAAACAGGAACAGCUGAAGGUUCCUGGAACGGGCGUCUGUGCCAACGGUCCCUGCAACGGACAGCACUCACACCAGCAGCAGCCUUUUCAUCCGUGGCCGGAGGAACCCUCGUCGGUCAUAUCGGCACGAUGCACAAGAGCACGAAUCAACUCGGCGAUAUUCGUCUCAUCCGAGGGCAGGGGGUUCGACUCGAUCGAGUUUAUCCGGCGGUACGGUUCGCAGUCGGUUCUGUGCCGGAAGGCACGCAGCGCCGAAAACGUGUCCGCCGCUGAACGACAGCGUCGGUUCUCCGCGUAUCCCGAGUGGGAAUCCGAGGAGAGUAAACAGCAACAGAACCACACGAUGAACGGUUACAACAACUUCAUCGGUGCCAACUGCAACGAUCCCCGCCAGGACUCGAUCGAACUGGUGGAAUGCCACAAAGAACCAAACCCCACUCCGUACGGCGGCGGCAGCAGCAGUAGUAGCAAUCCGAAAGCCACCAGCAGUAGUUGCGACAACGCCAACAGUAGACCAACGCCAAAGCUUUCGAACCUGCCGACGCUGUCGGUUUCCGGUCCAUCGCCACCACACGAGGAGGAAUUUUUGUUAUAAUCUCGGUAGUACCUUACACCAACACGAGCCCGUCGAGAUUCGCGCAAUCUUCCUCGCUCCAACUGAUGGCGAGCACGUGUUGUCGUGUAUAUAGAGUUCGGAAAAUAUUAUAUAUAAGUACCUAUGUUGCGGAAACAGAUACGAUAAAAAGCUUCUUUUCUGAGGGUGCAUGUAGAAGCGGAAUAUAUAUUAGUCGAAAAUGAGAAAGUUUUUUUUGUGUACUUUUCAACAUAGUUAAAUACUUCAUUUAUGCUAUCAUAUCACAAGACAUUUUUAUCAACAAAAAUGCAUAAAUGACUCUCUGUUAUCUAAAAGUUUGUACGCAAAACCUUUCAAUUAGGUUUAAUGUGAAUUGUACCAAAGUUGUUUCUUAAAUAUUGUCGAUCAAUACUAGAAUUUUGGAUUAUACAUAUGACGCAUCUUAUCAACGUAAGGAAGGGAUCACUUUUAUACAUCGUUCAAUGUAGGAUCACAUUAGAAUCGGAAUAUACCUAGAAUACUUUAGAAAAUGUUAGAGUAGGACCCAAGUAAAACGAAGAGCUUUAACUACGCCCGGUACGCUUUUCAUAUUUUGAUUGAAAUCAUAUUUUCAAUACUAAGAAAACCAAAUCAGUACUCUCUGAUAUGCUGUUUUAUAUUGUUGAUCCAUGAAUAGUCUAUAAAAAAAACCUCAACCAGAAUAGAGUCGAAUUUUAUAAGCUUAUUUUCCUACUCGAAUAAGACCAACGAAAAACUUCAAGAAGGAAAUUUCUAUCCCUAGUGAAAAAUUAGCGUCUGGAGUGUAGUUGAAAAUACUCAAUAUGUGAACAACUUCGUUCAUAUUUUUUAUUCAAUUAUAUCUGAUCAAGCUAAAAGAUUAUAUCAUAAGUAAACUUUCUAUGCAUCCAAUAAGUAGAGAUAUUUGAAUCAAAUAAAAUUUAACUAUAAUUCAAA